UUCUUCUUCCUCCUGAACGUUGCGCGCUCUUUUCGCAGCUGUCUCGUUUUAGCUCCUCGUGGACACGCGCUUAUCGGAGAAAAUUGUAGCGCAUGUAGUGAAAGGAUUUACAUCGGUGGUACUCGUAAAAAACGUGCAACGAAUCUUGCAACCCGCCGUGAAGUUAUCGCUAGCCGUGCAGUGCAGUGAUAAACGGCCAUCCACCUCUCGAAGGAGCGGCCGAAAAUCGCCCGUGUUUCAAGCAAGGUGCCAGCAUCCACGCUAGCAGCGGCGAAGCAUUGCUGUCCCAACGAGUGUAGCAGAUAGAUGCGAAAAUAAUGGCUGCAGGAGAUCAGGAACAGUUUCAGCAGCUGAUGGGCUCGCUCCUGUCUACGGACAAUGAAGUUCGUACGCAGGCAGAGGAGGUGUACAAUGGAUUACCAUGUGAAACAAAGGUUCCGCACCUGCUCGGCACGAUACAGAACCCACAGAUGGCGGAGGAUGCCCGGAUGCUAGCGGCCGUCCUGCUGCGACGAUUGUUUUCGUCGGAGUUUCACGAAUUUUACGAACCGCUGCCACCGGAAGCAAAGGAUCCACUCAAGCAACAGAUCCUGCUGACACUGCAGCAGAAUGAGUCGGGCAGCAUGCGAAGAAAGAUCUGCGAGAUGGUGGCCGAGGUAGCUCGAUGCAUGAUCGACGACGACGGAAACAACGAAUGGCCGGAAUUUUUGCAGUUCCUGUUCCACUGUCACAAUAGUUCGAACGUGCAGCUGCAGGAAGCUGCCCUGCGCAUAUUCGCCUCCGUGCCCGGCAUCUUCGGCAACCAGCAGGCUCAACAUUUGCCGCUAAUUAAGCAAAUGUUCAUCAAAUACCUUGAGCCGACAUCCAAUCAGGAGGUUCGCUUCCAGGCCGUCCGCGCUUACGGAGCGUUUGUGCUGCUGCACGACAAAGAGGAGGAUGUGAAGCGCCAGUUUGCUGAUUUGCUGCCGCAGGUGAUUAUGAUCACGGCCGAAAGUAUCGAGCUGGGGGAUACGCAAAAUCUGAUGCAGCUGCUGAUCGAUAUGGCUGAAGGUGUGCCAAAGUUCUUCCGUCCGCAGCUUGAACCAAUCUUUGAGCUCUGCAUGAAAGUGUUCAGUACGGUGGACAUGGAGGACAACCUUCGCCAUCUGGCAUUGGAAAUGAUGGUUUCGCUGGCGGAAAAUGCAUCGGCCAUGGUACGCAAACGGGCCGAAAAGUACGUUGCCGCACUGGUACCACUCAUCCUGCAGAUGAUGACCGAUCUGGAGGAAGAUGACGAAUGGUCGGUUUCGGAUAAGAUCACGGAGGAUGACACGAGCGACAACAACGUAAUUGCCGAGUCGGCGCUGGACCGAUUGGCCUGUGGGCUCGGUGGCAAGACGAUUCUGCCGCACAUCGUAAACAACAUUCCAAACAUGCUGCUCAGUCCGGACUGGAAGCAACGGCAUGCCGCCCUGAUGGCCAUAUCGGCUGCGGGCGAGGGUUGCCAGAAGCAGAUGGAGGCGAUGCUAGAGAACAUUAUGCAGGGCGUGCUGAAGUAUCUCGUCGACCCUCAUCCGCGCGUACGGUACGCAGCCUGUAACGCAAUCGGUCAGAUGGCCACCGACUUUGCGCCCAUUUUUGAGAAAAAGUUCCACGAACAGGUUAUACCGGGGUUGCUGAAUCUGCUCGAUGACGUUGAAAAUCCGCGCGUACAGGCGCAUGCCGGUGCGGCUCUGGUUAACUUCAGCGAGGACUGUCCGAAGAACAUCUUAACGCGCUACCUGGACGCAAUUAUGGCCAAACUCGAGAUGAUUCUGACCACCAAGUUCAAGGAGCUGGUCGAGAAGGGCACUAAGCUGGUGCUGGAGCAGGUAGUGACGACUAUUGCUUCGGUAGCGGACACCACGGAGAAGGACUUCGUAGUGUACUACGAUCGGUUGAUGCCAUCGUUGAAGUACAUUAUCAAAAACGGGGACACGGAGGAGUUGAAACUGCUGCGUGGCAAAACGAUCGAGUGCGUCAGCUUGAUUGGUUUGGCAGUCGGUGCAGAGAAGUUCAUGUCCGAUGCGUCGGACGUGAUGGACAUGCUGCUGAAGACACACACCGAAGGUGACCUGCCGGAUGACGACCCGCAAACCUCCUACCUGAUAUCGGCCUGGGCACGUAUAUGCAAAAUUUUGGGCAAACAGUUCGAACAAUUCUUGCCGCUCGUGAUGGGUCCGGUUAUGCGGACGGCAUCGAUGAAGCCGGAGGUGGCACUGCUGGACAACGACGAGAUGCAGGGUGUGGAAAACGAUAGCAACUGGCAGUUUGUAAAUCUGGGCGAGCAGCAAAACUUCGUCAUCCGUACGGCCGGACUAGAGGACAAGGCAUCCGCCUGUGAGAUGCUGGUAUGUUACGCACGCGAACUGAAGGACGGAUUCGCCAACUACGCCGAAGAAGUCGUCCGGUUGAUGGUGCCGAUGUUGAAGUUUUACUUCCACGAUGGUGUGCGAACGGCGGCCGCCGAAUCACUCCCAUAUCUGCUGGACUGCGCCAAGAUCAAGGGACCGAACUAUCUCGAGGGCAUGUGGCUGUACAUCUGUCCAGAGUUGCUGAAGGCGAUCGAUUCCGAACCGGAGGCGGACGUACUGACAGAGCUGCUGCAUUCGCUGGCGCGCUGUAUCGAAACGCUCGGUGCAGCCUGCCUGUCGAACGAAGCGAUGGAGGAAGUGUUGAAGAUCAUCGACAAAUUCAUGAAGCAACACUUCGAAAAGGAGGAAAAACGUGCCCAGGCACGAAAGGAGGAAGACUACGAUGAUGGCGUUGAAGAGCAGCUGGCCGAAGAGGACGAUGCGGACAUUUAUCUGCUGUCGCGCAUCUCAGACAUCAUCCAUUCGCUGUUCGUCACGUACAAGGAUGCAUUCCUGCCGUCGUUCCAGCGCGUGGUGCCACACUUCGUCAAGCUGCUGCAGGCAUCGAACCCGUGGGCCGAUCGACAAUGGGGAUUGUGCAUAUUCGACGAUCUGAUCGAAUACACCGGUCCGUUGUGCGUUCAGUAUCAGCCCUAUUUCCUGCAGCCCAUGCUGGAGUACAUUAAGGACGAACAAGCGGAAGUGCGACAGGCAGCAGUUUACGGGUGUGGUGUACUGGGACAGUUCGGAGGCGAACAAUUCGCCGUAACCUGUGCUCAGGCCAUCUCCCUGUUGGUGGAAGUUAUUAUGGCCCCCGACAGUCGUGAACCGGAGAAUGUGAACCCAACAGAAAACGCCAUCUCAGCCGUGACGAAGAUAUUGAAGUAUAACAACACAGCGAUCACCAAUCGGGACGAAAUCAUUGCACUAUGGUUCACUUGGCUGCCGGUGGGUGAAGACGAAGAUGAGGCCGUGUAUGUGUACGGAUAUUUGUGCGAUCUGAUCCAAGCGAACCAUCCUGUAAUACUCGGCGAAAACAACGGUAACUUACCCCGCAUCGUAUCGAUCAUUGCGUCCUGCUUCUAUCGGGAAGCGGUAACCGUACCACAUCCGGAGGCCGAACGUAUGCUCUCGAUCGUGAAGCAAAUCGAAGGCAAUCCGGACCUAUUCCAGGCAUGCAUUAACACACUGACGGCUGAACAGAAGGCGGCCCUCGAGGGCGCUUACCGGGCGGCAGCAGAAGCAACAGCAGCAGCGGCAGCGGCUGCGGCAGCAUCGGCAACGCAGUAAAUCAACAGUAACCGGAUCUUUCUGACUGUCCCUUUUCCUUUCUCUUACUUUCCUUUUGCAUCCGUUUGCGCAUGUGAAACCAGCAGCUUUAUCAUAAAAUUUCAUUCAAAUGUUCUUCAUCCCUUUUUUUAUGCAACACACAUACACACGCACACACACAUACAAUUAUAGUGUGUGUAUGUGUGCAUAUGCAUAUGUAAUCGUGACUCAGCUAUAUGAUGUAGGAAAGGAAUCAGCAAAACUUUCCCGCGUGAGAUCGGUUAGGUUCGAUGCAUCAGGAACAAGAGAAAAGGCUUGUUGUUUGAUGAUAUAAAUCUGCAGCGAGAUGGGUAUUACUUUUUCCAACUUUACGUGCUGAAGAUUGCGUGGUCUCAUGCUUUUAAUUGGUUCACAAGAAGAAACGGAAUACAAAUUGUGAUUGUAUGUUUUCUUUUUGGCUGUUUUGUUUUUUAUUUCGCGAUCAGCGCGAUAGAUAUGUUAAACAAGAACGGUUAUGUUUGGUGUAAUGAACUAGGUCGCUGCAAAUGUUUCGUGUUAACUGAAGUUUUGUAGAAAACAUUGCUACAUGGAUGGUACUCGAUAAACGCCAUUCUUCUUGUUUGUCCAAAUCUUUUCUAUUCGUUUGUGAUAUAGCUGAACUUCGUAAUAUGUGCCCCCGUCAGUAUGAGAUACGAACUUUUUUGUUAAUUCAUUGUUAGGUAUGGUCGUUCACGUUGCUGCAUUUGUCCCCAAGAAACUUCCCCCAAUAUCGUACCAAUGGUGGUGUUCCUCGAGGUUUGCGGCUUUGGCAGUACGAAACUGUAAAUAGCAAGAAAUACAACAGACGCGGAUUCGUUUCUGUUACUUAACACGACACGCUACAAGCUUUGAGUAGAAUGGAUGGAAUAGUUUUAUUGACGCUCUCUCCAUUUCCUUCGCGCAUGGUGGUUGAUUUAAACGAUCCUGUCGAUGACGAUAGUUGAGUUACUAUUGUGGUUCUAGCGAUUGGGUGGUGAACAUUUUUGUGCAUAGAAUAGAAUUCGACACCUGUUGGGCGCGUGUGUACACAGGAGAAGAAAACGUGUUAGACAUCGAAUGGAAGAAUGGCAAUGUUGAUAGCUAUACAGUGGCCGAAAUUUCUAGCAAUGCACGUCAUUAAUGCUGAACUUAUUCUAUCAACAAUUGAAAAUGGAAAUGUUAUGUUCAAGCUUUAUGUUAUCUCGAUAUAUCAAUGUAUAGUCUACCUUUAAACAAAGAGACAUGUUUUGCCAAUUAAAUGCCAGGAUGGCAUCUGGAUGCGAUGCAGAGUUGUUGAAUGAUAUUCCAAAAGACAAUUACGUUACGGAAUACUUUGUAUUGGAAGAGCGAAUCAACAAACAUGUUCAGCACUGAUUGGCGCGCUUUUAGAAAUUGCGAUCACUGUAUUGUUAUAAACAUCAUCGUAGAUUGAGGCUGAUUUUCUGCCUCUGCGAUGUGUGGUGUCUAGUGAAGGGAAAAUAUAUAGCACUAGUACUUGAGCUAGAUCAUACGGACCUUGAUUACAGUGAGUACAGCGAAUACUUUUUAGCAAAAUACUAUACCGCACACAUCACUACAAACAAGCAAACAGAUACUACACGAUACGAUAAACUUUGCGCAAACCAUUAUGUCGCAUCACGAUCUUGAAGUCUAGCCACGGUCGCACCUCCAAAAAAUAUAUAUUGCUUCGAAGCGAAACGAACAGUUUAACGAACGAGAAGGCACGGCACCGGCGUGGAAAUAUAUGUUGAAGAAUGGGGUUUCUUGCACAGCGAGAACAGUGUUUGAUUUAUAGCGAAACCAAGUGAAACCUAUGGAAUAGUAUCCUAAGCAUUCUAUUCAAUCAUUAUUAUUGGCAGUAUGUCGCAAUGAGACGGAAAAUAUAUUCUAAUUAAUCAAAAACAAAA